CGAACGUUGAUUCUUUUGAAUAAAGAAAUUUCAUGAUCAUAUUUCAUGGUAAUAUUAAAUAUUGUAUUUAAAUAAAGUGAUGUUAGAGUAGUGUUAUUGAUUAUAUUAUAAGAAGAAUAUAGUUGUAAGGAUUAUAUUUGAAAAAUAUGGCAGAUCGUUUAACACAAUUACAAGAUACUAUAAAUCAGCAAGCGGAACAUUUUUGUAACAGUGUGGGUAUUUUACAACAAUAUUCAAUACCUAGUAAAUUUGUUGAUCGUGUUGGAACUCCACAGCCACAUCAACCUCAAGAAGAUUAUGCAGCUUUGUUUGCAACACUUAUAGCAAGAUGUGCAAAAGAUAUUGAUACUUUAAUAGAAAGUUUGCCAAGUGAAGAAUCAUCACAAGAAUUACAAGUUGCAAGUCUUAGUCGGCUUGAACAAGAAAAUCAAGAAGCUGGUGAACAGCUAGAAGAAGUUGUAAAACAAGGAGAAGCUCUUUUACAAAGGAUUCAAGCUGCUUUGCAAGAUAUUGCUCAAAGUCAAUUAGAUAUGCAAGAUCCAGCAUCCACAUCUAAUAUUAAUCUUAAUACUAAUUCUACUUUCAAACAAGAAAAUAUAAACUCUGUAAAUACUGUAUCUUCAAGUAACACGCAUCAAUUAUCAGAUCCUAUGCCUAAUUCUGUAAAUCAAUGAUAUAAUACUUCUAAUAUAAUAUUAAAAAAAUUAAUUUCAUUGAUAAUAUAUAUUAUAUCAAA